AACUCGAAACGCGCAUAGAAAAACUCGAAUCUACACCAAAUAACCUACCUGUAACAUCACUUGAACAAAAUAAGAAUCCCCUUUCAUCCUCCAAUAAGCUAUUCCUAGAAUCUCUUCUGCAGUCAAUUAAUGAGAAUAUUGACAGCAAGAUAAAGGACCUCAAAACAGAAAUAUUUGCACACGUUAACAAUAAUACUACAAACCCAAUUCCAUCGCUGGCAAACCAUCAAAAUACUAUAACACCUAUAAGCUCCUCUGAUGUGAGUCUACCAUCGAACUCACACUCACCGAAUCCUAACACACAACUAAGAGCUCCAGAGAUGUGGGCCAAGGUUGUUGGAAAAAAAUCAAAAAAGAAAACUAUAGUCACUAGUAACGACUCACAUACUUACCUCCAUAAUGCCAACACUCCUACCCUGCCUGCUGGCCCAAGCACUACCACCAUAACACAGAAUACAAAGCCCAGUGUACCUAUAAGAAAACCUAAAAAUGUAGAAGUCUUAUAUAUUACAGAAAGUAGAAACAGUAAUACAAAAAUAAACCAGGUAUUAUCAAAAGCCAAAGAAAACAUAAACCUGCAGGAACUAGGUAUUAAAACAAUAAACCCUCGCGAAUCCUUAAAUGGAGGACUCAUCCUUGAGUUUCCAAAAUCCAAGGAAGGUGAAGUUGCACCAAUUCUAAUGGAGAGGAUCAAAUCACUAUUUCCACCGGAUGAUAUUGUAGUAUCUUGUCCAAAAAAAUACAAGGAGGCCCUGUUCGUCCAAACCUGAGAGGCUCGGCGACAGUGUGGUGUAAGUGUGAAGAAUCUGAAGCAUAUAAAUUAUUAUCCAUUAAAACACUGGCGAUUGGAUGGUCCCAAGCUUACUUCCAACCUCUAGAAAAUAGACCAGUCCAGUGCUUUAAAUGCUGGUCCUACGGUCAUGUUCGCAACUCCUGCACUUCAAAAAUCAAUAGAGACGGUUGGUGCUACAAAUGUGGUGGUGAAGGGCACCCAUCCAACAUCUGUGUUAAUAAUAAUCCCAUAUGCAAACUCUGUCAAGAGAAUAACUUCAACUACAAGCAUAAAAUGGGUACAAACACAUGCAGGACAUUUAUUAACUACAAGAAUGAUAAACUAGAACGUAACUCUUCUUUACUACCCCAAAGUAAUCCAGCAGUCAAUGAAACUACAGACAUCAGAAUGGAGGUAACUGAAAAGAAAAAAUCUUAAAUUACAACAUGGCACAAUCCUUCCAAAACCAAAAUAUGCACAGAUCCAGGUAUAAUGAUGUAAGCUGUCCACUCCUAAUCCUGCAAGCUAAUAUCAAUCAUGCUGUUGCUGCUCAAUCCCUACUGGAGAGUUACAUUGUUAGUAAUAAUAUUAGUAUUGCUCUUGUAUCGGAACCACACAACCCCUGUAAAAGUGGAUGGUUUGGAUACCGUGAAAAUAAGGCUGCAAUAGUUGUAAACAACUCAUCAUUCACAAAUCCAAG